AUGUUAAAAUUUAUAUUAAUAACCGUAUUAUUUCUACCGAUUGCUGUCGAAUCGAAAGAUCGUUGGACUUUUGAGAAUUCUAAAGCAUGGCCCGCUACUUAUAAGUAUUGUGGUGGAAAUCUGCAGUCACCCAUUGAUCUAAAUUUUCAAAUUUCGCAUGUGGAUCCUCGUCUUAAACAACUCUAUUUUAAAGAAUUAUACUCACGUGAACCAUUAGAGCUUUCCAAUAAUGGCUACUCGGCACAACUUGAAUUAAAAAAUCAUUAUGUAUUAAAAAAUGUUGCUCCAGAAAGUGAAGAUUAUAAAGUAGAACAAAUUCAUUUUCAUUGGGGUCAUUCAGAAGAUUAUGUUAAUGGAUCCGAGCAUUUACUUGAAGGGCUACCAUAUCCAUUAGAAAUGCAUAUAGUAACAUAUUCAAGUUGGUUUUCAAAUUUUAGUGAAGCAGUGAAGAAUACACGAGCACUUGCUGUUAUCGGUGUUUUCUUUGAAUUUGGUAAGGAAGACAAUUCAUUGCUUGAACCUAUAGUUAAGACAUUAAAACAUAUUCAACAUAAAGGACAAACUGUCUUUAUUGAUGGAAAUUUCGAUUUAAAAGCUUUGAUUGAUGAAAAACGCUUAUAUCGCUAUUAUCGUUAUGAUGGUUCAUUAACAAAUCCACCGUGCUAUGAAUCGGUCAUAUGGAAUGUCUUACCCGAACCAUUACAAUUAUCAGUUAAGCAGCUUAAUGCUUUUCAAACUUUACGUGCAGAAAAAUCUCAAUUAAUUAAAAAUACAUAUAGAUCAAUACAACCUCUUGGUUCCAGAAAAUUAUUUCGUAGUUUUUACUCACAAGAUAUUCAAGAGGAUGACAUUCAAAGAAAAAUUUUAGUAUCAAAAGGACAUGAUCAAUAUUCAUUUGUCAAGAUGAAGUUUUCUUUUGUUUUAAUCAGCCUUUUAUUGUUUACUAUAUGA